UUGAGAGACUUCAUCAGAUGUGUUUAACGAAGUAACCUCUGUACUAGACUAAGGCGACGGCCGUUAAUGCUAACCACAGAUUCUCCUUGACCAUGGAUUCCUUGUUAGGCAAGCUGUUCGCAUCAACAUUCAUUCUACCGUUCACUGCUGGAAAUUACCGUAGACGACAGAAUGGAUCCUGGUAUUAUGAUUGUACCAUUUCGUCCCGCGUUCUGUUUCUGAUCGUUCUUGCAACAGUGAUAAUAUUCUCCGCCACCAAAUGGAUACCAACCCAUAUGGAUCUCCGAUUGGGAUUUGUCCUGAUUCUUCUGUCCUUACUAAUGGUUUCUGGGGUGAUUGGCAGCUAUAUUAUGGGAUGCCUUGUUCGGAAACAAGGCCUCCAAUCCGUUGUUGUUGCACGACGAAACUCAAAUACAAUGAAAGUUCAAGUGAUAUUUCUGUGGAUUUUCGGUCUGACAUCAGGAUUGUAUUGUGCGUUUUUUAUCGGGAAGCAAAUCGAUUGUUCAGUAUAUACCUCUGGAGGAUUUUAUUGGGACGUUUUAUUUUGUUUCAAUAUCUUAUUGAUCUUUUGCCUUUUUUCACAACUUAUUUUUAUCACUUACUUUUCAUCAUUCAAACUGAAACAGACAAUUUUGGUGAAUAACGUUAUGCUGAUGAUGCUAACCGCAAUUAUAUCUGUGACGUUGUACAUAUACCUGAUGAGCGAUACAAUGUCGUAUUUGAUUAACAUUGACUAUGAAGAUAAUUUAAUUUCCUGCUUAAAAACCAAUACUACAAUGACUUUUCUUAAGGUUAAAUUACGGAAAUUUGUACAUCCAAUAUACGUGGAGUAUAGUCUUCUUUUAGCUGCAAUUAUUCUUGAGAUAUGGUCACCCACGGAAACUUAUUUCCCUGUAAUCGGAUCACCGUACACAGAGAGAGGUACCAGGGACUUGACAAUACUGCCUGAUAAUAUCACAUCAGUUGAGGAUCCGAUUUCUGAAAAUCAAGGAAGAAGGAAGUUGUACCAUUUGAUAACACUGGCUGUGAGUUUAACAACAGGUAUCGGUCUUGUUGUGUGUUACGUCGUCAUGGCAUUGGACAUUGGAAAUUUAGAAAGCAUUGGAUACGUUGCUGAAAUAUAUGAAUUUACUCUAAAACUUGUAAUGAUGAUUGUGAUACUUGCUGGAUUUUUUUGUUUGGUAAAUAACUGUACUCCUGACAGUUCAUCGAAAGGUUUGAAAUCUCGGGAAUAUGUGUAUUUGCUGUCGGCGUUUGGUAUGAUCAUGAUGCAUAUGUUUGAAGGGAUAGUAGGCGACGUGUCUUCCGAUUAUGCAGCAAAUAUAUACAUGUCUACAAGCAUCCUUAGCGUUUUCCAAGACUAUAUCCAGGUCGUAUUUUUAAUGUAUGCAAACCGUUUUAAAAAAUCUGACCGUCAGUCAAAUGUCGCUUUUCUUGAAUCAAUUUUUAUAUUUAUCAUGGCAAGCAACCUCAUCCUUUGGUUUAACGAUAGUUUUCUCCUUUCUGAAUUUUCUAGUACACGGAUAUUAAAACAUAACAAACUACCAAAGGAAAUAUUUAAUUUUAUGUAUAACGUUUUACUGCCCGUGUCAAUAUACUUUCGAUUCACUUCUUUUAUGGAAUAUUACGCAACAUUCGGUAAAUAUACAUCAUAGAGAAAUAGUUUUAGAAAGCUUGUGUGAAAAGAAAUUAUGAAAUUUAAAUGCAAGAUUAUGACUUGAUGAGAUAUGUAAUACAAAAAUGAUAUA